AUGCCACCUAACAACAGGAAAAAGAAGAAGCCCGCCUCCAAUCCGGCUCGAGGAUUUGCCACGGUCUCGGUGCCAUCUAAACCCAAGCCUACUGAAUCGUCAACCCCAGUCUCUACCGCAGACUCCAAGUCCGUGUCCGCAAGUGAUCGUCCAACGCCCGUCGAGGGAAAGCAGCAACCCGCAGUAGACUCCAAAAGCGAAGCCGCCCCCUCAUUACAGAACUAUACUCCCGAAGAACUUGAGAAACACUUGGAGGAAGCUGAACUUCAACUCUUGGUUGAGAAGUAUGCUUCCAAGUGCAGAAGUGAUGCCGCCCGCCAAGUCACAAAGUUGGAGACAGAACGCAGAGUAUUCCGGCAACAAGCCGUUUCUGUAAACCUGAUGGAGUGGCUUCCCACCGAGGUGCUACAGAAUAUCAUGCAUCUGGUUGAGACGGAAGAGCGAGAGCUCAGUCCAUUACCCGGACGGGAUUCGGGAGGUCAGAAGAAAACUGUCUCCGAGGAAGAACUAUAUAUGAGACUCUGGACCCUGAAGGAAACCCUGCUUAAACUCGGCUUCCCGGAAGAGAAAGUAAACGAGGCUUUGAAGCAUAUGCUUCUCUACUUUUCUGGUAAUUUUGCCACAUCCAAUAGGGAGGUGGUUUGCAACCUGGAUGAGGCUCUAGAUUGGCUUGCCUUGCAUUGCACUCUCAAGGAAUUGCCUUCUUACAUGCAGACAAAUGCGCAGCAGCGCAAUGAGUUGGAUAGACAUAUCUCUUGGAUAAAUGAUCGUGAGCCAUCACAAUCCUCCACCCCAAGUUUGGGCCCAAAUAAUAGCAAAGUGAAAAAGCCCAAAAGCCCUGUAAAGGAGCCGAGCCCUGCCCUCCAAUCGAGCCCCUACGACUCGGACAGCUCCCUUGACCCUGACACGCUCAUACCAAAGUAUCUGGACCUGCAGACUCGCCUGUAUGGCCUGCGACCGGAGCUAUUCGACCAACCCAAGAAGGGCAAGAAGGGAGGCCGUAAGCCUGCUAAAGCCGAGCAAGACCCUCAGGUCGUGAGGUUGCAACGCAAAAUCACUAGCAUUGAAAAUGAUGUGCUGUUUGACCAGCAUGAGGCCGAAUACAAGUGGAGAGAGAAACUCGACGAUUUACGCAAAGAGGCGGCUUUUGUCCGGCGCUCACAGCCGGAAGAGAAGCCUGUUCAAGAGGAAGCUGAAAAUGCAGAGGAAACGGAAACGAAACCAGAGAAUGGCGCACAGCCGCUUGACAAUGAAGAGGCUACAGACUUGUUAGGCGACAUGUUCCAAGAUGAGGAACCUGUCCUGGAACUCGGUGUGAUAACGGAGGAGUUAAAGAAGGCAUCUGUCAAAGUGCGCGAUUUCGGAAAAGGGACUGGACUUAGCCCCCGGCGAGUGCUAGAAGAAACGUGCAAAGCAAGGGACACGGGUUGCAAGAUCACGUUCAAGGACAUGUCCGCUUCGUCGCAUUCGAACAGACAAGCUCUUGAAGUAAGAUGGUCCAAACCUCAAGAGGUUCCCUUCCCUUUUGUCUGGGACACUACCACACAUAACUCGAACGCUUAUGCGACAUUCGUCUCGAUGGACUCGGUGGCGACUCCAAACUCUCAGCAAGCGGAAUCCUUCGUUUCCACUCUUGCUCUUUUCAUCCUAUUCCCGCAGAACUCCAAAGAAGGAAAAGCAUACCUGCGCCUUCCAGCGGUGUGGCGAGAGCUUUGGACGGAGUUUGCGAAUGCGAAGAAGUUGCAGGAAGACGAAGCUGACAAGCAGACCGUCAAGGAUCUGAAGAAACUCAUACAGGAUAACCAUGGGGCCUUUGAAGAUGAUGUUGUCUUGUCGCAUAACUUCCGGAAGCGAAACGGAACCUCUAGCAAGCCGGAAUCCCCAGUACGGGGAGCCAGCGUAAAGGAUAGUUCUGAGCCUGACGAGGAGUUGACUCGGAUCUGGACAGAAAAGUCGUCUACGGCCUCAUUCCAGUACAUGGCUCAGGGCAGGAUGAACCUGCCCAUCUGGAAUUUCCGCGACGACAUUCUCAAUACUCUUGACACACAUCGUGCACUCAUCAUCUGCAGUGAAACAGGAAGCGGAAAAAGUACGCAGAUACCUUCGUUUAUUUUGGAGCAUGAAAUGAAGCAAGGCCGACCGUGCAAGAUCUAUGUGACGGAGCCUCGCAGGAUCUCGGCCAUUUCCCUUGCCCGAAGAGUGAGCGAAGAACUAGGCGAGAAUAAGAACGAUGUGGGAACGGCGCGCUCACUCAUUGGCUUUGCUGUCCGAUUGGAGAGUAAAGUCAGCCAAGCUACGAGGCUUGUAUUCGCGACCACCGGAGUGGUGGUGCGAAUGCUUGAGCGCCCGGACGACUUCCGCGAUAUCACUCAUGUUGUUCUCGAUGAGGUCCACGAACGUUCGAUUGAUAGCGACUUCCUCCUCAUCGUCCUUCGGCGGUUGAUGCAAAAGAGGCCCGAUCUGAAGCUAAUUCUGAUGUCGGCCACACUUGAGGCGCAGCGCUUCUCCACCUAUCUUGGCGGUGUUCCGGUACUGAAUAUCCCAGGUCGGACUUUCCCUGUGGAGAUGAAGUUCCUAGAGGAUGUCAUCGAGAUGACUAACUACCGGUUGCUGGAGAAUGAACCCAACGCUGUGGAGGAGGAAAUGGAUGAAUUAGCGCUGGAGACGGCGCAGGGCGACACUGCCGGCAGCCUGAUGACUUCGCUCGAUGGAUAUUCCAAGCAAACCAAGGAGACCGUGGCAAACUUUGACGAAUAUCGCCUGGACUACCAGCUCAUCAAGCGGCUGGUUGUGCAGAUCGCUUCGUCGCCUGAAAUGACACACUACAGCAAGGCCAUCCUUAUCUUCAUGCCCGAUCAGGAGAAGGCUUUCGUGGUUCCUCCUGAGGGUAUGAGAAAGAUUGUAAUUGCCACCAAUAUUGCAGAGACAGGUAUCACCAUCCCGGAUAUUACUGCGGUGAUUGAUGCGGGCAAAGAGAAGAGCAUGAGGUUUGAUGAACGCCGUCAGCUAUCUAGGCUCGUCGAAACGUUUAUUUCGCGCGCUAAUGCGAAGCAACGACGUGGACGAGCUGGUCGUGUGCAGAAUGGUAUCUGCUUCCACCUGUUUACGAAGCAUCGUCACGAUAAGCUGCUCGCAGAACAGCAGACGCCCGAGAUGCUCCGGUUGUCUCUCCAAGAUCUUGUGCUGCGUGUCAAGAUCUGCAAGCUGGGUGAAGUGGAACCGACGCUGCUGGAGGCGCUCGACCCGCCGUCAUCCAAGAACAUUCGCCGGGCAAUCGAUUCGCUGAAGGAAGUGAAGGCCCUGACAAACGCGGAGAAUCUGACGCCUCUGGGUCUGCAGCUGGCCAAGCUGCCACUGGACGUUUUCCUUGGAAAGUUAAUCAUCCACGGCGCCUUCUUCCGCUGUUUGGACGCGGCCGUCAGCAUCGCCGCUAUUCUGUCCUCCAAGUCGCCAUUUGUGAACACAAUGGGCUCCAACACCCAAAAGGACAUUGCUCGACUGUCAUUCCGCAAGGGCGACUCUGAUCUGCUGACGGUAUACAACGCCUACUGCGCGUGGAAGCGCGCACGCAACACACCCGGCGUGAGCGAAUACGCCUUCUGUCGCAAGAACUUCCUCAGCUCGCAAACACUGCUUAAUAUCGAGGACAUCAAAAUGCAGCUGAUUGUAUCAAUCGCCGACACAGGGCUAUUAACGCUGGACCCAUCCCAGAAAGCGCUCCUCAACCGUUCCCGAUCCAACAACCGACGCACCUUCUUCACCAUCCCGGAAGAAUACGAUUUCAACAGCGUCAACGAUACCAUAGUCAACUCUGUAAUCGCCUGGAGUUUCUACCCGAAACUGCUCACCCGCGACGGUAAAGGCUGGCGCAACGUCGCUAAUAACCAAGCCGUCACACUGCACCCCACCUCGGUGAACAAGCAAGCCGACGCAUCGGCCAUAAAAUGGGUGUCUUAUUACCAUAUCAUGCAGGGACGGAAUAAGAAUUAUAAUGCGUUUGAAACGACCGCUGUGGAUGAUUUCGCUAUUGCGUUGUUGUGCGGAGAGGCUGAGUUUAAGAUGUACUCCGGCGUCAUAUCCAUCGACUCCAACCGCAUCCGCUUCUCCCUACGAGAUUGGAAAUCCAUGCUCGCGCUGAAGACCCUGAGCGCGAGACUACGCGAGAUCCUCCAGAAUACGUUCCGGGAACCGCAUCGCGUGCCGUCGUAUAAACAGCAGCAAUGGCUGGGUCUGUGGCAGAUGAUUUUUGCUCAGGUGAGGAAGUAG